AUGGGAUCAUAUCUGUCAUCUGGAGGAAGUGCAAUUUUGAAUUUCCGAAGGCCAGUAGACUUUUUGGCCAGCAUGCUAACUAAAUGUAAACUCUACUCAGGAACCAAAGAAGAAAUCCUCCAAGCUUUUCACAAAUUUACUAGCAUUCAAAAACCUGGAGACUUCAUCACAAAUAUCGGUGGACUUCGAAUUAUUUUCAGAUCAACAAACGCUGAAGGAAUGGAGUUUGAAAUUUUGAGACUAUUCAGCAAUAAAGGAAAAAUCAAUGUCAUGGAAGUUAUGGCUGUCAUUGUCAUCUAUGCAGCUAUCUCAUGGAAGGAAAAAGUCAAAAUAGCCCUUUUUAUGUUUGACUUCGAUGGUAAUAAAGUUAUUUCAAGGGAUGAAAUGGAUGUGCUGUGUCGAUCCUUCCUAAGGGGUGUAGCUUGUGUAACUAAAAGUCCAUAUGCAACUAAUCAAGAAAUUGAGGAUAUUUCAGCUCAUGUUUUUACAUGGGCAGACAGGUUUUCCAACAAUAAAAUUUCUUGUGAAGAUCUUAUAGCUUGAGUUGGGAUGAACCAAGAAAUCCAAGAGUUAUUGCAAACGAAUGAGCCUCCUCACUCAUUAAGGAGCAACACUAUGAAGCCAAUGUCUAAUAUUUCAAAAAACCCAAAGACUGAAAGUCAUAAAUCACCUCACAGGCCAAGACAAAGUGCAUCAUUUGACAUUUCAGAAAAAAUAAGACUGAAAAGUAUCAAUACUUACUUAGGUAUUUAAGGUGUUGACUUCUUCAGCAGGAUGAUUUAGGCAUAGCCCAUCCUUUUAACUCCUUGAACUAGUGACGUCACCAAGCCAUCUUGGAUCGGUCAGCCCUACCAAGCCUUCUGUAAAGUUUCGUCUCUAGCCAGGCCAGAAGUUUCCGCACCGGCAGCGUUGCCUCGCCCGAACUUGACUCCUGCGCGUGUUCCGCCUAAGGGUCACCCUCCUUGGAUGUGUCAAGCAGCAAACCCAGGUGUUCUUAGUAUCUUGGACCAAAGAAAUACCCUAUGCGGUAUUCCAUAUUGGUAUUGCUGGUAAAAGGCCACGUGGAAAACUGAACCCAUAAUAAUAAAAGCGAAGGAAGGAAUAGUUCUCGGAGAGAACUAAUUCCGCACUGAGCCAUUUUAUUAUUAUGAAAAGUAUCAAUACAAUGAAAGCCCAUGGUAAUUCCAACAGCCCAAGGAAAAGAAAGUUCUUUGUACGAGCUAAUCAAACCACUCUUUAUACUCGAGACUAUAUUGAGAGUUUGCAUUCAGCUUUUCAGAGAGUUGAACAGUCAGGAAAAGUUGCAUUUGACAGUAAUUUUUACAUAGAGCUCAUAGAAGAAUUAUCCCAUCAUGAAGUAUACAAAGAAUUAGUAGAAGACCUAAAAUCAGAUGCACUCGCAGAAAUAAAAAGCGAGCUUACUUUCAGAGAUCUACUGAGCAUUGCUUGCAGAUCUUCUGAUGAAAAUCAAAUAAAAAGGAUGCUCAGAUGAAUAACUAAAGAUCACACGCCAUUACCAAAUAUAAGAACAAAUACCAAUCGAGGUAAGAAAAAAGUCUCUUAUGAAACAGCUAAUACUUAUAGGCGUCUCUUUGAAAAAAUUGAUAAAAAUCGUGACGGAACAAUAGAUUUCCAGGAGUUGAGAUCGGAAUUUCGAGAUUAUAUGGGAAGCUCGACUAUAGAGCAAUUAUUUAAAGAAUAUGACUCAGAUAAUAACAAUAAGAUAGAUCUACCUGAAUUCAUGAAGCUGCUGGCUCCUCAUGAUUCUUUUAUCCCUGAUGAAAUUCUUGAGGCCUUUACAUCAUCUCCAAAAUAA